CGGAGAUCGGUGAGCUGGACCACUUCCUCUUAUCGAUCACACAUGUUGUCAGGGCCAAUGGAAUAGUUUGUGCUAAAAAUGGUACGAACAUUCGUUGGUGUUUUCUUCGACCAGACUGGAUCAGCCGCUGAAUUGGCCACCACCGAAGCAAAUGACUUGGCACCCCAAACAUUGUUAUGCCAAGGAGAAGAAGCAUUGAGAGUAUCCUGGGUAUGCAAUGUUCUGAACUUCCAAUGAAAUACUUGGGUAUCAAGUUACACAAGGGCAUCAAUAGAUUUCAGUAUUGUGAUGAUUUUAUUAAGCUAUUCGAUUCAAAGCUUACACCUUGGAAGUGCAAGAAUUUAUCUCAAGGAGGAAGGCUCAUUUUAAUUAAACAUGUCCUAAGUGCUAUUCCUUUACAUAUUUUAGCUGCUGAUACUCUUCCAAAAAAGGUUAUUUCCAUCCUGGAAAGGAAAUUGGCAAAUUUCUUUUGGGGUUUCUCAAAUAAUAGGAACAAACACCAUUGGCUGGCCUGGUCUAAGCUUUGCUUACCUACAAAUGAAGGAGGGCUCGGUAUUAGAACGCUUUCCUCAUUAGAGAAAGCUUUCUCUAUUAAGCUCUGGUGGAAAUGGAGAAAAGG